GGUUAGGAGCAUGACAUGUCGCCAUGCACGUAAACCAGAGAGUGGCGGGAACUUGCGGUGCUUAUUUUUCAUCGGGUUCGGAAAUCGAAUGCUAACCAAGGGAGGUUACCUGAAAAACAUGGCGGACGACGGAAUUUUGUUUGCAAAAAUUUUACGUCAAUUUGCCAGAUCGUCUGCAGCGAUUAACCCAGCACCUGAAGAUAAAGUUGCAAGGUUGUUGUCACUAUGUCCAAAAGAGAUCAAUGGUAGAUUUUCCUUUGACCAGAGGGGACAAGAUGCAAUAAUAUCCCUUGGAAUAUUUUUGUUGGAGUCUAACUUGCAGAAAAAAGAAGUGAUAUCAUCAUAUCUGCUCAAAGUUCUAAGAUGUCUUCCCAACUCACUUUGGACUGGGAAACAUAAGCCAGGAAAGGGACAAACACUACCAAGAUGUGAAAACUUCAGUUUUUGUUUGAAUACCAUUUUAAGUGACCUAGCAUUCAAGGACACCAAACUACGAGAGGAGAUCCUGAAUGUUCAGUUGGAUGUUCUAGAGGCCCUUAUAAAACAGUGUGAAGAUAAAGAAAAUGCCAAAGAAGAAAAAUUGUCACUGAUAACUAUCCCAGUCCUGUUUGGAUUGAUUCGGGCUCUGGGGCGAUCCAGUGAUGGAAGCAAGCACCUGAUUUCCUUACUCUACCCAUCUGAGUCUGUCCACAAAGAACUUAGUGUCCCCUCGAAGGAGGAGGAGAAUGAGGAGGACGAGAACACUUUUACCUUCCGCUCCAUCCUCCCACGCACCAUCUCGUCUCAUCUCAUCUAUUCAGACCCUAACUCCCCUGUCUCACCCACAAGAGGCAAUGUACCAGAAAUACCCACAACAAAGUUCAGAGAGAGGUCACCAGCCCCUCUAGGUGUGCAGGACCCUGGAAAACCUGGCCAGGAGGGGGAAGUGGAGGCCUCUACCCAUUAUUUCUGUAAAAUUGCAUCCAGUUUUACCAGUGUGAAACCAUGGGGGUUUGAGAUCAUCCCAGAAAAAGACCAUCUUGUGUUUACACCAACCCAGCUUCAGAGACUUUUAUCACAGACAAUUAAAUUACUAAAUAAGGAGUUAUUAACAAAUACAAACACAGCCUACACAUGGAUGAUGAGUGUUGAGAAUGGGAGGAAGUAUGGUUGGUGGCCGUACAAAUCUUACAGUGAGGCUCUUACUCUGUCCGCCAUCACCAUGAUACGGGACAUACUGGAGCAGGAAAUAGAUUCGGGUUAUGAAGAUAUGCCAACCAGUUUUAUGAAUGACGUCUACGAAUUUUCAAAGAAGAUGUAUUUAUCUGGUCAAAUUGAGCUUGACAAGCAUGGUAAGGGGACACGGGAGGUGGAGAAGAAAAUGGACUUCCACACAUACGAGAUGAUGGUGCUCAGUUGUGCUGCCUGCAUAGACCUCAUGUUCUGGGCUGUCAAAGAAGAAAGAGAGGCAGAGAGUUUGUGUUUACGGCUGACAGAGAAGAUCAGUACAAACACAGAGAGGAAGCUGUUGUUGUCCCAUACUCCAUUACUCCUGGUGGCUCUAGAGUCUCUUGGUAAACUUUCCAACAAGUUCCCCAACUUAGCUUGGACAAUGUGUUGCACUCUACGAGAUUUCCUGGUCUGCCCAUCCCCCAUUCUUAGUAAGCUGAAUAAGUACGCCACCAUGGACGGUAGGAGCAGCAUAAAGAUCAUGGUCACUGAUACAGGGAAAUCCCCGGGGAGUGACCGGCGGAAUAAACCCCAGAGCAAGCUCCUGAAGGCCCUGGAGAACAUCAGGGACUGUGCCAUCAUAAAUGCCUGCAGAGCCCUGAAAGCAUGCCUGGAGGUAGAUGAAGACUGUGUCCAGGCCUUCAUGGCCUCCAUCUCCAAUCGUCUGUAUCGAGCAGAAAUGUCCGACAGGAGUGGAAAGUCUGCAGAGGAAAGAUGGUACCAGUUGAAACUGGUUAUGAAAUUCGUUCGACCUUCGUCAUCUAACCUUGAACUGCGGGAUGUUGAGAGGGAGUCCAAUCUGAUCUCUACCAACACAAUCCUGACCCUGGGGCACAUGGCUGUGGCCCUGAAGGAGACCCCUAAGACGGUCGAGUCCGUGCUCCAAAUCUUCCAGCAGCGGUUCUGUUCCCCGCCCUCACAGCUCGACCUACUUAUAGUGGACCAGCUUGGCUCCAUGAUCAUAGCAGGAUGUACGACGGUUUAUAACGAGAUCAUGAGGAUGUUUGUCCAGGUCAGCAUUGAGAGUAGCUCCGCGUACAGCUCAGCCGAAAAGGACGAAAAAAUCAGAGGCUACAGACAAGUGUCCCAGCCAGUUAUCAACGCGCUGGCUAACAUCGCCUCUAAUGUGCAGGGAGCAGAGGAUCAGCAUGAGCUGCUAGUCCGCCUCCUAGAACUGUUCGUCAACAUGGGGCUGGCAGCUAAGCGGGCCAGUGAGAAAAGCUCAGGGGCCAUGAAGGCCUCAGGGACAGCAGGGAAUCUGGGAGUGUUGAUCCCGGUCAUCAGAGUGUUGAUUCGCCGACUUCCUGUUAUCAAGGACCCAAAGACUCGACUGUUGAAAUUGUUUCGAGAUUUCUGGCAGUAUUGUGUGGUGUUUGGCUUUACAGUGGAGGAUUCAGUGAUUUGGCCAAGAGAGUGGUAUGACGGAGUAUGUGAGAUUGCGACCAAAUCACCGCUGCUGAUCUCCAAAGAACACCUCAGAUCUGAGUUACAGUACAGUGUGGCUCUCCGUGACGACACAGUAGGGCAGGCAGAGCUGAAUGAGCUGCGGACUAUGAUCUUCUCACAGCUGGAGAACUCGGAAAUCCAGAAGCUGGUGAUGAGUCUGUCGUUCGCCCAGUGUACUUACCUCCUGUCUGUGUACAAACUGGAAACUCUCAGACUGCAGCAUUCUACCGAGAGGUCAGCGGUCCACGGACUGUUCACUUACCUUGAGGACCCCACAUUGUUCAAGGACAAAGCAGGAAUGUGGCAGUGUGUGAGUGCUGUAGCAGACAAGGCCUUUGAGAAAUAUCUAGAUGUCAUGGAUGAAAAGCCUAAGUCAGAGGCUCGUGAUGCAGAAUUAGAGAGUCAUGCCCAGUUUCUGUUGGUGUAUUUCAACCAUAUCCACAAGCGAAUUCGCCGUGUGGCCGACAGAUACAUGACAAACAUGGUUGAAAGAUUUCCUCACAUUUUAUGGAGUGGACCAAUGCUGAAAACAAUGCUAGAUUUGAUACAGCUUCUCUCAAGCUCCCUGCAAAUUGACCCUAACCAAGAAGCCCCCGAGUUUGAAGUCCCUGAUACUUCUUUCACCCUGAGAGUCCAGGACAACUUAACAGAUAGGGAGAACACAGUGAAGGACUUUGCAGCCAGAAGCCAGCAGAUUCUACAGGAGGCCAUGAAGUGGGCCCCAACCACCACCCGCUCUCACUUGAUUGAAUACCUGCUCAAGAAGGACAACAUGACCCAGGGGCUGUUCCAGCACAGUGGUCUGGCCUUGGCCACUCAGAGCGUGCUGAGCUUUGCUGGGUACAACACCAGCUCAAAACCCCUAGGGACAGCUACAUUGGAUAGGCGACCAAAAUGUGUCACAACUGACAGUUCUAGCUUCAUGGCAAACUUCAGUCUUAGAAGUCGUUACACAGGCGAGGUGUCUGGAAUGAAGUCCCUGUGUUCUGAAUCGGAGCUGUCUAAGUUACUCUAUGAUAAGCUGGAAUCCUUGCUGAAGAGUUCAGAUGAAGAGAAGAUAAUCCCUGCCAUGUUCCGUGUAUGUGCUUUCCUCGUCAGUAUCCCAGAAAUAAACAAGCAGUUGCUCCAUGCCUUGUGUUGGACACCAGUACGGAACUUCUCUGUCAGAACAAUGGAGGCUGGUGUUGCAUGCUGGGAAUGGCUUCUGGCAGCUCGACCUAAUUUAAGUAUUGAGUUUCUGUGUGAGAUGGCGGCCGCUUGGCAGUUCUCUGUGGACAGUAGGAUAGGGAUCUUUGAGGAGGACAAGAAGAGACCUGACCCCCUGGCCAAAGCCGAGAAUGAGGUCCUUGGACCAGACCCACCCUUCGCCAAGCCUCAUCACAUCUGGACCCAGUUUUUAGCGGAGAGAGUGGAGGUUGCCCGAUACAGCAGUGAUGACCAGGUCAGCAUCCUGGCCAGUCUCCUCAGUAAAUCUCUGUCCAUCAGUGUGGGGAGACGACCCCCACCCAUCUCCCGGCACCCAGAGGCCAUAGGACCCAGGCUCAAGCUGCUAAGUAUGGGCCUUCAGCUACUUCAGGGUUCCUACCUCCCUAACACUACCAGUAAAAGCGUGCUCAGAGAACGGGUGUACGCCGCUGCACUGGACUACUUUGCAGGCCCACUGAUGUAUCCCUCCCAGAGAGGGUCCGACCUACGAGAGGAUAUCAACACCAUGGUCAAGUUCUGGAGACUUUUGUUCACAGACAAGAAGUACAUUACUCUGGACAGGAUCAUACCACUUGGGGGUGUGUCAGAGGAAACUCAAAGACAGGACUCCCUUGGACUUUCCCAGUCAGGGGGAAUUCCCUCAGACCUGCUUCAGGGAAAGUGGAUCAACCUGACCAUGAACUCGGGAAUGUCCACCAACUCCAAGCGAUCAGCCAUUUUUCUAGACCCUGCUAGGCACAGGAACAGUUUUGUUAUGGGUCUGUAUGGACCUAUUGAAAAGUCUCACCUGGGUUAUAACCCCGCCCAUGGGGAGGGUGCAAAGAAGACCCUGCAGGGACAAAUGGGCAACUUCAUCAAGGAGUAUGCUAGGAAGAGGAACCUGAUCCUGCUGUUACUGGCCAAUCUGAUUGAUGCCUUCAGUACAUGGCACAACCCUCUAGAGCUGGCUGAAAGCAAGAUAAAAGACGAAGACAAGAUUACAAUCUGGAGGGCGACCCCGAUCUCUGAGAGACAGUGGAGGGAGCACGCCCGCAUCGCAUGGGACAUCUCUCCUGUACUGGCUGUGUAUUUACCUGCUAGGUUGAAGACCUCUGAGACUUUGAGGAAGGAGGUGAUGAGGCUGGUGAGGUUAAAUCCUGGAGCUGUCCGACACAUCCCGGAGGCCAUCAACUUCCUGGUGACCGCCCAGAGUGUGGAGGCAGACUCACCCGAGCUGAGUCAUGUUCUAACGUGGUGCCAGGUGGCCCCCAGUGUGGCCCUGUCCUACUUUUCUAGGCAGUACCCUCCACAUCCACUCACUGCCCAAUUUGCUGUCAGAGUCCUGAUGUCACAUCCACCGGAGGCACUCCUGUUCUACAUCCCUCAGAUUGUCCAGGCGCUCAGAUAUGACUCGAUGGGUUAUGUAGCGGAUUUUGUGAUGUGGGCGGCCAAGACUUCCUCCCUCCUGGCCCAUCAGUUACUUUGGAACAUGCAGACCAAUGUCUACAGGGACGAAGAAGGCACGGUCAAAGAUGAGAACAUUGGAGAGGAGAUGGAGCUGCUGAUGACAAGGAUCAAGGAAUCAUUCUCUGGACCAGCCAAGAGAUUCUAUGAAAGGGAAUUCGACUUUUUCGGAAAGAUCACUGCCAUAUCAGGCACAAUCAAACCCUAUCCCAAAGGAGAUGAAAGAAAAAAAGCAUGUCUUGAAGAACUAAGGAAAAUUGAAUUGCAGAAAGGCUGCUACCUACCAUCUAAUCCUGAAGCUAUAGUCACAGCCAUUGACAAGAAUUCUGGCAUACCAUUACAGAGUGCUGCGAAGGCUCCAUUUUUGGCACGUUUCCGAGUCCAGCGCUGUGGAGUUCACGACCUUGAGAUGCUGGGAAUGAGUGAGGAAGAAAAUCAUGGCAUGAAGAACUCAGCUGAAGUGUGGCAGGCAGCCAUCUUCAAAGUGGGGGACGAUGUCAGACAGGACAUGCUGGCUCUGCAGGUGAUCUCUCUCUUCAAGAACAUAUUUGAGCAGACUGGGUUAGAGUUGUAUCUGAUGCCAUACAGAGUGGUGGCUACAGCUCCGGGGUGUGGGGUGAUUGAGUGUGUUCCAAACAGUAAAUCUAGAGAUGAAAUCGGCAAGAAAACAGACAUCACUUUGUAUGAUUACUUCCACAAAACAUUUGGUGAUGAUGAUACACCAGAAUUCCAGACAGCCCGUCGUAACUUUGUGGUCAGUAUGGCAGCGUACAGUGUGGUCACCUUCCUUCUACAGAUCAAGGACAGACACAAUGGAAACCUGAUGAUUAACAACACAGGCCAUCUGAUACAUAUAGAUUUUGGUUUCAUGUUUGAGAGUUCCCCAGGAGGAAACAUUGGCUGGGAGCCCCAUUUCAAGCUAACUGAUGAAAUGGUCAACAUAAUGGGAGGUACCAUGGAGGCGGCACCAUUCCAGUGGUUCAUGGAGCUCUGUGUCCAGGGAUACCUGGCUGUCAGACCUUACCAUGAGACUAUCAUCACCCUGGUGUCCCUUAUGUUAGACACAGGGCUGCCCUGCUUCAGGGGUCAGACCAUCAAACAGCUCAAGGACAGGUUCCAGCCAAUGGCUACGGAGCACGAUGCCGCCGAGUACAUGAAGCGAAUCAUAAAAGAGUGCUUCCUCAGCUGGAGGGCCAAGUCCUACGACUGGAUCCAGUUCUAUCAGCAGAAUAUUCCAUACUAAGGCCAUAUUCUAUGACUGGAUCAAGACCUACUACUGGUUCCUACUCUAUCAGCAGAAUAUUCCAUACAUUGUCUGUUUCAGUCUAAACAUUCCAUAGUAAGGGUUAUCUCCCAAUAAUUUUGAAUCAGUCGUGUUGAGGAUUGCUGUCAUAAUAGGAAUUACUGUAUAACAAUGUGACUUCAGGAUAAGAACUUUAUAACUAUUUAUGUAGUACAUGUAUUGACUUCAAGUCUCUCACAUUUCAUUUGCUUUCCCUGAAUGUUCUGUCAGUAUUUCUGGUGUUAUUAAUGUGUCAACUUUAUAAGGUGUGCUCGUAUUUCCAAGUCUACAAUAUUAAUUUUUUUUUAAAUGACAACAAACUUAUCCAAACUUCAAUGAUAGCUUUUAAACAGUUUUACUGUGUGUCCAUUUUUUUGUUUGUUUAAUUUGCAUGAUUACCAAAGGUCUGGCAAUGCACUUACUUUUAUUUUGAAUUCUGGAGAUGUUACGGUAUAUUUUACACAUUUUAAAGAUAAAAUUGUCAUCCAAUGCAUUAUUACACAAUCAAUUCCUCUUGCCAACACAUGCUAAAGCUACACACAUUGCAUUUCCUCUCACUGGUAAAGAAAACCAAACACUAUACACAGUGUACAUUUACCAAUUACAUUAAACAUACUCAUUAGACUUAUGAUAUUGACUAGACACUAGAUAUGUAGAAUUAUAAUUAUAUAGUCUGUUCAGCAUUUUCACUUGUAGCUAAAAUGUAUAUAAAAGUAAGGAUGACUGCAUAAUAUGUACCUGAACAAGUUUUGUCUGUGAUACUGAAUUGUGCAAUAUUGCUUUAGUCUUAAAAUAAAUGUAUUCCACAUUUA